GUCCCAGCGUUCCCCGCGGCGGGGCGCUGGUCUCCGUGGCAACGUGGCCUAGCGGCCUGCGCCUCCCCUCAGCCCGCCGCAAGACGGCAAUAGAACCCCGCAGAUAAACUCACCUCGUUGCCACCGAUUGCCCCUUGUGGAGCGCGUACGAAACACGCGGAGGUGGAGAGUCCCGAGCCGAGGGUGGUGGGUCUAUGGAACGAGCUGCCAGAGGAGGUAGAACUUGAGGCAGAAACUUUAACAGCACUUAAAGGACAUUUGGAUGGGUGUUCAUUGACACUUGGUUGGCUCAGGCUGCGAUCAUUAAGGAGCUGGAACACCUGCACUACAGUGAAACCGAAUAGAAAUGUCUUACUUAGCAUAUGAAGUUGAACUGAGCAAACGUCAUGAGAAAAUAUUAGGUCAAAGAACUGCAUUGCUUCAGCAAAUGGAAGAGCAGCUUGAAAGUCAGACAAAGAAGAAAAAAUUGCGAGCAGUAAAGUUUGAGUCGGCAAAUGAGAGAAAUGCGUUACUUUUAAAAGAUUUGGAAGCAGCCGAAGACAGCUUAAGAGUUGGACUACAUACGCAACUACAUCCAACUGUUAUCGCCCUUGAGACCAAAUAUUGGGCAUCCAUCGAAGAACAACUUCCUAAAUGGGAACAGUUUUUACUGGGGCGAACAAGAAAUCCGGUUGAAGAAAGGAGUUCAAGGCCCAAAAAAACGCAGAACCAGUUACUUCAAGACAAUGAUACUUAUAAAAAUACUAAUUCACAGUCUCCAACAUCAACGUUCAAGACGCCACCACGAUGUCCUCGUUCAGGAAAACAAAAAUGAAUGAAUGAUCUUAAAAAAUGAUUGCUGAUACAGAAAUACUUUUUAUCACAGAUGCUACUGGUAUCUCAAUGGGUCAAUUGAUAAUUGCUCAUUUUCUAAGCUUCCCCCCAGUCUAGUUUCAGUAAAAACACUGAAUCAA